AUGAAGCAAGUGCUUGGUAUUUUGGCAGUAGUAGCGGUACUAUGCGCUUUCACUCGCUCCUCAUACGCAUUCGAGUCAAGAGACACUUCAGAUGAAGAAAGAGGUAUCAUUGGUGGUAGGAAUGCACCCAUAAUUAGUUACCCGUUUGCGUUGAUGUUGUUAGUGGAUGGAUCAGCCAUUUGUACUGCGUCGGUGAUUGGGGAGUUCUAUGCACUGACGGCUGCGCAUUGUUUGGUUCAGGAUACAGUAACCUUUCAGAAUUCUCAGAUUUCAUUCUUUGGAGGUAGCUCGAUUAGAGGCUCUGAGGGCACGAUAUUUAACGCAAGUUACUAUGUGAUCCAUGGAGAGUACAACACAACUACGAUUGACAACGAUGUAGCUGUGGUUCGGGUAACGACCUCGUUCUUCACGAAUCCGGCCAUCAAACCGAUAGCGCUGCAGGAUGGUGAGCCAGCGGCCUCAUCUUCUUGCUAUGCCGUGGGAUGGGGUUUUCUUACGAUUCCUCCGAAUUUCAUCAAAACACAAACCCUCCAGGUUGCCAGCUACACACUAGAGACAGCACAGAACUGUGAGAACUUGUACGGUGCAACAAUAACAGCACAAAUGUACUGUGCCCGGUACGAAAGUGGGAGAGUUUAUAAAGGCGAUAGUGGUGGUGCUUUGGUUUGUGGCGAUCGUUUGCAUGGUAUUGCAUCGUUUGUUCCUUACAUAGAUACUUAUGGUAUCCACGAUAAGCCGGAAGUGUUUACUAAGGUACCAUCUCAUAGUAUUCGCCGCUUUAUUCGUCUUCAUACCGGAAUUUAGAGCGAAACGGUGCUUCGAACUUUGGAUGAAAAG